UUCACAUCCAUUUCAUUAUUUGAAAGAUUAUCGAAAUUUGGAUGAGAAUUUUUAAAAUAUUUUAAUGAAAUGUAAACCANUUCUGGGAGUUAUAGUGGAUAAAUUAAUUUUUGGAGAGAGAUUAAUUAAAAUCGUUGGGAAAUUUUUUUCACUUCUACUAUUCAUCAAGGAUUAAUUACAUGUUUAAUUUUAAAUUAAAAAGAAGAUGAAAUAAUUACUAGUGGCUCUGAUAAAUUGAUAAUUGUUUUAAAAAAUAAUUAAUAAGAAAAAAAGGUUUCCUAAUAUGAAUUGAAAUAGCAUUAGAAAGUUGUUUUUAGUAUUAGUUUAAAUUAAUCAGAAACAUAAUUGGUUUCUUCAAGUUUAGAUUAACAGUUAAUAAUUUGGGAAAAGAAUUCUAAAUAAAUUUAUGAAUUUAAAUAUGUGAUACAAAAAUCGAUAAACGACUUUGGCCAUAGAGUUUGUUUUUUAAAUGAUAAUUUUAUAGUUUGGUAAUAAAACAAAGACGGUACAACACAUGUAUUUUAAAAAGAAAAUGGAAGAUUUAAGUAAAAACCAGAAAAUAAAAUUGUUUUAGAUCAUUCUGAAGGUGAAGAUGGAUAAUUUUUAUUUCCAAUAAUAUAUAAUAAAGAAAAGUAAAUACUUAUUUUAAAAUAUUCAAAUUCAAUCUAUAUAUUUAAAAAUCACGAAGAUUAAUAAUUUAAAUUAGAAGCAAAAAUUAAUUGUUCAUCAAAUUCAAUUUAUGGUUGUAUGACAAAGGAUAGUAAAUAUUUGAUAUAUUGGGAUUGUUCAUUAUAACUAUUCAAUAUUUAAGAAUUUAAUUAUCAAUGA